AUGUACACACCUCGGGUUUUCGAAGUUCCGCACGCUCACCUCGUGAAACCGUCAGUGACACCACGCACUUCGAGGAAGUUCAUACAGGAUUCGCUUGAUCUUUCCGAAUCCAUCGAGUUCCCUACACCGGUGUUCGGAGGAAAGAUAAUCCAUCAUGACCCCGGACAGAACAGAAAAUUCGGAAAUUUGCUUGGAACCGUCUACGUACUCAGUGGGGUAUUUCUGGCGACGUGGGCGCUCUACAGUUUUGUUAUUGACAGCUCCCGCACACUGAUGACGCAACUCUAUCUAGUGAGCAAUAGGAACACGAAUCUCAAGAACAUUCCAACCGUCAUUCUGUUGGUCUCGCUUCUGGCCAUUGUGAACGGUUGCUUUGCCUUCUCGAAGAAGAUCUGCGUGCGCUUCAUUCACUUCAUGCUUACGGUCGGCGUCAUCGGUUUUCUGGUGUAUGCCGCGGUCGCUAUGAAACGGGGACAGCCAGAACUCGAACAGUUUUUCAGGAAAGACGCUUUACGGCAACUGCAGGAAGAUUACGGCAUCCUGCCCGAGGUCACUCACGGAGUCGAUUUCAUCCAGGUUCGGUUUGGCUGCUGUGGUCUGCAGUCCCCCCAGAAUUUCGAUCAGUCGCAGUGGAAGCGAAGAGGUCUCAACGGCCGGAACGAGUUCCCCAAGACAUGCUUCGAGCUCAAAAACGCGGACAUGAAUGAUGCGGCUUUGAAUCCCGUCGUCAAGAACAACACCGCGAUUCAUCGACAGGGCUGCCUCCCGUCAAUAUACGAAUAUCUCGUCUGGGACACUUGGGAGCUGGUGGCAUGUCUCUGCGGGACGGGACUGGUCAUGGCAGUGAACAUGUUUUUGUCUUGUAAAUACGUUCGUUGAUAAUAAUAAAUAAAUACGAUCCGAGAUCGCCAAGCCCGUGAUAACGUCGCGCCAUCGAGGCGGUCUUCCCUCCCGUCGUCGUCCGGAUCAUCCUGAUUCCAAGGGUAGAUCCGAUUGUCUACCGCAGACGUCGGUGGGGAGCAUUCGUGGGUUCACAAGGAAAACUCUGAACUAAGCGCUCCCAUUUAUUCCAAAUGCAAGCUCAAGGUAGUUUUAUCAUCAAUUCACAUCGAAAAGUUCGGUAAGAGC